UUGCUACAAGCGCUCUUUGCUUCCCGGAAGCGGCUUUUCCCACAGACAACAGAAAUGGCGACUCUGUCAGUGUGCCAGCCGCAGUACGGAGGUUUCAGUUUCGAAAAUUGUAAAAGGAAUGCUCUCUUGGAAUCCGAGAUCACCAAACUAGGAUGCAGUGUUCCUGCCGCGCGGAAAACUGGCACAACAAUUUGUGGAGUUGUGUUCAAAGAUGGAGUUGUUUUGGGCGCUGACACGCGAGCCACUGAGGGCAUGAUUGUGGCUGAUAAGAACUGCUCCAAGAUCCACUUCAUUUCACCCAACAUCUACUGUUGUGGUGCAGGCACGGCCGCAGACACAGAGAUGACCACGCAGCUGAUCUCCUCCAACCUGGAGCUGCACUCCCUCUCCACCGGACGCCUGCCCCGCGUAGCCACCGCCAACCGCAUGCUCAAACAGAUGCUCUUCAGGUAUCAGGGUUAUAUUGGGGCUGCCCUUGUGCUGGGUGGGGUGGACUGCAAUGGCCCCCAUCUGUAUUCCAUAUACCCCCACGGCUCAACUGACAAGCUCCCCUACGUCACCAUGGGUUCUGGAUCUUUGGCUGCCAUGGCCGUCUUUGAAGACCGCUACGUCCCAAACAUGGAGGUAGAGGAUGCCAAGCAGUUGGUGCGUGACGCCAUCGCGGCGGGUAUCUUCAAUGACCUGGGCUCGGGCAGCAACAUCGACCUGUGUGUCAUCACCAAGGACAAGCUGGACUACCUGCGGCCCCACGACGAGGCCAACAAGAAGGGAGUCAGAACCGGGAACUACAAGUACAAGCGCGGCACGACCGGCGUCCUGACCAAAUCCGUGACCCCCCUGGACCUGGAGGUGGUGGAGGAGACUGUGCAGACCAUGGACACCUCCUGAACACCCUCCCCCUUCCCCCUUACAUCCUCAAGCUCUGAGCUUUAUACACUAUAGUGGAACCUCAGUAAUCCUCCACCCUCCCCCAAGGUCCCUCGUCUCUCCCCUGUAUGGGAGAAUAGACUAGCAUGUAUUUUUUUCCAUGGUUUACAAUAAAAUGAGUUGAACGUAAGAACAAUG